AUAAACUUUUUUUAGAAAAAGUUUUGAUUAAAAUGAUUAUAUAAUAUAAUGUUCAAGGUUAUAGUUAUGGAAGUGAUAAGGUGUGGCUGAAGAUACACGUCCUCACUUUAUAGUUGGUUGUGCCGCAUAUAGAAAGUAUAGCAAAAAAAUAAAUAAAAUGUUUACAAAAAAGAGAAAGAUAGAUAUGGCCACGAAAUUGGAGAAUAACAGACCGUAUAAUAUCUUUUUUUCGUCGAUUUAUCAAAUUCCCGAGACGUUACAACAAAGAAACUCCAUCACAUUUUCGGAUUUAUUGUGUCCUAGUUUGGGCGAAUUAAAAUGUUCUUUACAAAUAAACUUUUUAAUUGAUAUACCUUGGAUAAUUGAUCAGUACAAAGUUCACAAAGUCGACAAUACACCAAUAACAAUAUUAUACGGCAAAAUCAUUGAAGAAAAUAAACAGGGAGAUUAUAAAAUCCCAUCGAAUAUAAAACAUAAAGAAAUAAUAUGUAACCAAUAUGGAACACACCAUUCUAAAUUGGGAGUUUACGUUUACAGUGAUAAUUCGUUAAGAAUAAUUGUGUCAACAGCAAAUUUAUUUAAAGAAGAUUGGAGUAAUUAUAACCAAGGAAUUUGGGUUAGCCCAAAAUGUUUUUCACUACCUGAGGGGAGUUUGGAAAAGGAUGGAGAGAGUCCUACAGGUUUCAAAACUAGUUUAUUAAAAUAUCUUGAUGCCUAUUCCAAAUGCAAAGCUUUUACAUCAAACUUUGAAGACAUCAUAAAAAAGACUGACUUUUCUCAUAUAAACGUCUUUUUGGUAACAUCAACUCCAGGGAACCACUCCUUACAACAAGAUACUGGGUGUCAUCUAUUAAGAACACGAGAUCUCUUAAAUAAAUAUUGUGACUUAUCAAAUCAAGAUAUUUUAAAUUGGGAAAUCAAUGCACAAGCAUCUAGCAUAGGGUCUCUACAGACCCCCGAACACUGGUUACUUGGUGAUUUUUUAACCACUUUGAAAUCCGCAAUAUUAGAUCAAGAACAUUCUCCUCAUUUAAAUGUUAUAUUUCCUACAGCAAAAAAUGUACAAACAAGCCUUUUUAGAGAAGAAGGUGGUAAAUGUUUAUCAUAUUUGAAGAGUAACGAUGAAAAGCAACUUUGGGUUCGAGACUAUUUAUUUCAAUGGUCUGCAAAUUAUUGGUCGAGAACACAUGCAAUGCCUCAUAUUAAAACAUAUUGCAGAAUUUCCCCUUGCAAAAAUAAAUUAGCUUGGUUAUUAUUAACAAGCGCAAAUAUCUCUGUGGCCGCUUGGGGUAAUAAAAUUAAUAAACAGGGAACGUCUUAUGUGAGAUCAUACGAAGUCGGAGUGUUAUUCUUACCCAAAUUUUUUAAUCAGGAGUUUUUUAACAUUGCUCAACAAGAAAACGCAAAUUCUUUUCCUUUUAUUUAUGAUACAGAUUUGAUACCUUAUGAUAAGGAUGAUAACCCAUAUUAUUCUAAUUUGAAAUUUUAAUAAAUACCUUUAUCAAUAUU